AUGACCGGUCCCCUCACCAUGUCUGCCUCCCAUAUCCUUCAUCGAGGACGCAGCGUCUUCUCGAAACUCAACAAAAAAUACAGACUCCCCGCCACUUCCUCUACAACAACCUCCGAAUCUACUUCUUCUUCUAUCAGCUCCUACUCGACUCCUUCCUCCGAUUCUAUCAUUACCACCGCUUCCUCAACAGAAACCACUCCAUCUACCACUAUCACAGCUCCCGCACACCAGGAGCAACAGGAUCCUCAGGAGGCUGCCAGGGCUCAGCAGUUUUUUGAGCUCGGUCAGCAGUUGCUCUUUGGCCGCUACGGCCAAUCCAAGGACGAGGCCGCAGCCGUCGAAUACUACCGCAUGGCCACCCAACUGAGCCACCUCGAGGCCCAGGGGGCACUCGCCUUCUGCUACGAGUUUGGACUGGGAAUCCAGGCCGACUUUGUCGAGGCCGAACGUCUCUAUAUCCUCGCUGCCGAGAAGAACAACGGUCUGGCUCUUUCCCGGUUGGCCUUCUUGCGCAAGUACGGUCGUCCCUCGGUCAAGAUCGAUCGUAUCGAAUCCGAGUACUGGCAACAAAAGAUUAACCAGCAAGGCCCCGGUGCGUUGACCUGGCUCAUGGAGGCGGCCUCAGUCGAUAACCAUGACUGCUGCCAGUACGCCCUCGGAGUCUGCUACCAUGAUGGUGUUGGUGUUGAGAAGAACCCUACUGAGGCCUUCCAUUGGUACUUGAAGUCGGCUGAGCAAGGGAAUGCUCGCGGGCAGGGUAUUUUGGGCUACUGCUAUGGCGAAGGGUUUGGAGUCGAGCGGGAUAGACAGAAAGCGAUGUACUGGUACGGAAUCGCAGCGGAGCAAGGAGACUCGGUGGCGCUUUAUAACAUUGGAUACUGCUAUGAGGAUGGGCUUGGUGUCGACCGCAACCCAGAGGAGGCUGUCAAGUGGUACCGCCUCUCUGCCGAGCUCGGUAACGCCUUCGCUCAAAACUCACUCGGCUACUGCUAUGAGGACGGCGUCGGAAUCGAACAGAACCUGGGGCUCGCCGCCGACUGGUACACUAAAUCGGCAGAGCAGGGCUACCCCUGGGCAGAGUGCAACCUAGGAUACUGCAACCAGAACGGCAUCGGACUCCCCCGCGACAACGCCAAGGGUGCCUAUUGGUACCGCAAGGCCGCCCUCCAGGGCCACGCCCGUGCCCAGCACAACCUCGGAUUCUGCUACCAGAACGGCAUCGGUGUCGCCAAGGACCCUGUCGAGGCCGUCAAGUGGUACAUGAAGUCUGCCGAGCGCGGCAACAUCUUUGCCUUCCACUCGCUCGGUUACUGCUACCAGAACGGUAUCGGUGUCCAGCAGAACCUCGACGAGGCCGUCUACUGGUACUACCUCUCGGCUGAAGAGAACCACGCCCCCGCCCAGCUGUCGCUCGGUUACUGCUUCCGCAACGGUAUCGGUGUACCCAAGGAGCCCAAAGAGGCCGUCAAGUGGUUCUACCGGUCCGCUAUCCAGGGCAACGCCCUUGCUCAGAACUCUCUUGGCUUCUGCUACGAGGAGGGUCUUGGUGUCGAAAAGAACCGGGAAAAGGCCGUCUUCUGGUAUGAGAAGUCAGCAGCGCAGCAGAACCCCUGGGCGCAGUGCAACUUGGGCUUUUGCUAUGCCAACGAAAUCGGAGUCGCCCAGAACUACGAGAUGGCCGUCAAGUACUACUCCCUUGCUGCGGCCCAGAACCAUGCCCGCGCCCAGGACAAGCUCGGUGUCUGCCUCCAGCUCGGCCAGGGCAUUGCUCAGGAUGUUAAGCUUGCCGUCCGUUAUUUCCGCCUUGCUGCUGAGCAGGGCCAUCUCGCUGGACAAUAUCACCUCGCCAACGCUCUCGAAAAGGGCUUGGGCUGUGAAGUUCACUUGGAAGAGGCAUCAAUGUGGUUCGAGCGCGCCGCAGCCAACGGAUGCAGGACGUCACACGAGCGUCUCCAGCGGCUCUUGGCCCGUGCUUGCCUUGAGAACGGUCUUGAAAGUAACUACAACGGAUUGUUCCUCGGCGCUAUCGGACACUGCGCCCCCGCCGCAUAA